GUGAGCACAGACUCUGCCAGGCCCGUGUGUCCGGGGAUUGCCCAAGCCAGCCAGCAGGCCACGGAUGCCAGAGAGGCUAGACUUGCCUCAUUUGUGAGGAAGUGUGGACAUGUAGCCGGCUCCUCCUUAAUCUGGUCAGAAAUCAGAAGUGAAUCUGAGAGCAAAGAAGACCUUGAAUCUCUCUGCUGUUUCUGUUUGCUUGUUAACUAAAUGCUGCCCCGGUUUCUCGGUGAUAAAGGACUUUCCAUAGGAUGGAGGCUUUCUGACGUGGCCGUGGCAGGGCUGCUGCUCUCUGCAGAAAAUGGGACCCCUCAGAACUUGAGGAUGAGUCACAUUUGGGUGGAAGGUCUUAAAUCCAUUAACACUUGCUCUUUGAACUUCUUCCUUUGAGGCCAGCCAAGAUGCCUGUCGUGGUAGAGGACAUCAUGAAGCUGCUCUGCUCCAUCUCCGGGGAGAGGAAGAUGAGGGCAGCCGUGAAGCACUCUGGGAGGGGCGCCCUGGUCACAGGGGCUGUGGCCUUCGUUGGUGGUUUGGUUGGCGGCCCACCGGGACUAGCCGUCGGAGGGGCCGUCGGGGGCCUGUUAGGUGCCUGGAUGACGAGUGGACAGUUUAAGCCAGUUCCUCAGAUCAUAAUGGAGCUGCCCCCUGCCGAGCAGCAGAAGCUCUUCAACGAGGCGGCUGCCAUCCUCAGGCACCUGGAGUGGACGGACGCCGUGCAGCUGACCGCGCUGGUCAUGGGCAGUGAGGCCCUGCAGCGGCAGCUGCUGGCGAUGCUGGUGAGCUACAUCAGCAAGGAGCUGCGGGCAGAGAUUCAGUACGACGACUAGGCCGCUCCUCCCAGGAAGCGGGGUUCACUCAGAGGAUGCGGUAACUCGUCUAGAAGGAGGCCGGCGGCUUGGGGGCAGCUGAGCAGACCCCCCUGAGAAUCCUCCACGUCGUCAGUGUAUUCCCUUCACCUGGAGCUCAGUUUUCUGUUGGGGGGACUACGGUUGUGCCGUCUCCUGUUCUGGAAGUUACUCCGGAAGAAGAUGUGUUCUGUGCUGUCCUGCACGGCAUGCACUGAUUAUCCUGGGACUGGGAGGCUGGCGAGCGGCGGCGGUCAGCAGUGGGCAUUGGGGCAGUUUUCCGAAUGCUCUGCUGUCGGC